AUGCGGUUUGACUAUGAAGACUCUCCAGAAAGAAGAAGACUCUCUCAUCAAUGGGAAUGCUCUCAGAAGCCAGUUGAUAGUCACAAACUGAGAAAGUUUGAUGCCCUGACCAUUGAGACAUUUGGAGCACGCAUAGAGAAGCUUAUUCGGGAGAAGUAUUUGCAGAUUUGUGAGAUGGUUGAUGAUGAAAAAGUUGACAUCGCAAGCACGGUUAUCAAUGAAGAUGAUCCAUUGGAGGAUGAUGUGGUACGGAGCUUGAGAACCAGCCCUAUACAUUCCGAAAAUAAGGACCGCACUUCCAUUGAUGACUUUGAGAUUAUAAAACUGAUUAGUCUGUUUGUAAAAGAAGCUGGUGGCUCAUAUGAAGAAGGAAAACAUCUAUCCGCCAAAAGCUUCAUUGUAAACCAAGAGGAUCAUGAUGAAUGGGUGGAUGAAUUGGAGACAUAUGAAGAUGAGGUGCUAAACAUUAAGGGUCUUAUGGCUCAUGUAAUUGAUUCGCCUGAUGGCAUUUGUAAUGCUGAUGGUUCUUACGCUGCAAAAACAUCCCUUUCGUUGACGUUGAUGCACACACCGAUUGACAUGUUGUAUUAUGAUCAUGAGAUCAGAAGGCGGAUAACUGUGCCACCAGUGUUCUUCUAG